AUGCCAAUUAAAGAACUCAUAGUAGUUUGUCAAAGUAGAGGUGUACAAGUGAUAAUAGACGGGGCACAUGCACCUGGACAACUACGACUAAAUCUGGAAGAGCUUGGUGCUGAUUAUUACAUCGGUAAUUUGCAUAAGUGGAUGUUUGCUGUCCGAGGGAGUGCGAUAUUAUGGGUACAUCCAAAACACUACAAGUCUAUCAAACCACUGAUUACAGGUCACAAUUAUCAGCAAAGUUUGUUCAAUCAGUUCUUCAAUCAGGGCACACGUGAUUCAACUCCUUAUUUCUGUGUGCCAGCUGCUAUACAGUUCUACGAGGAGAUUGGUGGAUUUAAGAAAAUCACCAAAUACAACACAGAAUUACUUCACUGGGCAAUGGAGUUAUUGAAGGAAUCAUGGAAGACAGAAAGUUUUCCAAUACCUGACAGCAUGAGGGCGCCCUUUAUGGGAAUUAUUGCUUUGCCAGAGACCAGUAAGGGACCUAUAAUGAAUACAGAUUCCAGGGGAAUUGCUCAGCUAGUGGACAAAAUUUAUGAAAAAUACAAAGUUCAUGUUGUUAUUGUAUAUCACCAGGAACGUCUCUGGUGUCGUUUGUCAGCCCAGGUUCACAAUACUAAAAAAGAUUACCUGAAACUGAGAGAUGCUGUAUUAGACAUGUUAUAG